UUUUCACAAGCAAGACAACGUUAUUUAUCAAUUAUCGAUGGAAGAUCGAAUAUUUCCUCAUAAAGAUACAUAUUUACUUGCGUUCAUCGAUGUAUAUUAAGGUGAAAGAAAGAGGAGAGAUAUAUAUUCUCGCGUGUUAGUGAGGUUAGUUUAGUUCUCGCGCGACAUAAGUGUGGUUGUGACUAUUGUAAGGUUAAUUCCUCGCUCAUGAGGGAUCAUCCGUUUGACGACCGCCACGAAGUUACAUUAUACGUUGACAAGUUCUGGCAAGUUCGGCAAACGAUACCACGUGCAAAUCUGCAAGUGGUCGCGAACAUGAUUUUUUACUUCUUAAUGACACCCAUAAUCCUAUUCGUAAACAUGCUGUUGUUAAUCGCUCUAUGUAAAAUAUUCUGUAUACUUGUCCUUUUGCCAAUUCUAUUGAUAAAAUGGAGAAAGUUUUACUCAAAGAAGCGCGAGGAGAGACAACAGACUGGAACAGUUGUCGGUAUUUUUCAUCCAUACUGCAAUGCAGGUGGAGGAGGCGAGAGAGUACUUUGGGCUGCGGUUCAUGCUAUACAGACCAAAUAUCCUGAUAUACACAUAGUUAUAUAUACUGGCGAUCUUGAUGCAGACCCUGAAAAGAUUCUCAGCCAAACUGAAAAGACAUUUAACAUGAAAUUGCAACCAAAUAUCGAAUUCGUCUAUUUGCAUGGGCGAAAAUGGGUGGAGGCUUCUACAUAUCCUUAUUUCACACUUCUGGGACAAAGCUUGGGAUCCGUCUAUCUGGGCAUCGAAGCGUUAAACAAUCUUACACCAGACAUAUACAUCGACACGAUGGGUUACGCGUUUACAUAUCCAUUAUUUAAAUACAUCGGUGGUUGCCUAGUCGGAUCAUAUACGCAUUAUCCCACUAUUUCGACUGAUAUGUUGAAGUACGUCUACAGGAGAAUUGCCGCAUACAACAAUCGAAGGAUCAUCGCCAGAAAUCCAUUGCUUUCAGGAGGGAAAUUCCUUUAUUAUAAAUUAUUCGCAUAUUUAUUCCACAAUAGAACAUUUCAGUUGUACGGAUUGGUUGGUAGUUGCGCCGACAUUGUGAUUGUAAAUUCCUCGUGGACCGAAGAGCAUAUCAAUACUAUCUGGAAAUGUUCACUGAAGACGCAUCGAGUGUAUCCCCCAUGUAGUGUGGAGCAUCUGAUUGGACUGCCACUUCUCAGCGAUGAGGAAAAGAAUAAAUGCAUACGCAUAAUUGCUAUCGCGCAAUUCAGGCCGGAGAAAAAUCAUCCACUCAUGUUGAGGGCGAUGUUCGAGCUAAGAUCUAUUCUUAAGGAGGAAGUCUGGGAAAAGGUCAAGUUAGUCUGUAUUGGUUCCUGUCGAGACGCCGAGGAUGAAAGACGUGUUAAGGAUAUGCAAGAUUUGGCUAAACACUUGGCUUUAGACAAAAACGUCGAGUUCAAGUUGAAUGUACCAUACUCGGAACUUGUGUCCGAGAUACAAAAAGGAACGAUUGGUCUACAUACAAUGUGGAAUGAACAUUUUGGUAUCGGCAUCGUGGAGUGCAUGGCGGCGGGAUUAAUUAUGGUGGCUCAUUCUUCUGGUGGUCCGAGAGCAGACAUCAUAGAAACACGAAUGGGUAGUGUAAAUGGUUUUUUAGCAGAAGAUGAGAUGGAAUAUGCCAAAGUAAUAGCGUCCAUCAUACAAAUGCCUCCAAAGGUUCGAAAUGCUAUCAGAAUUGCAGCCAGGUCAUCUGUAAAUCGUUUCUCAUGUGAAAUCUUCGAGAAGGAGUUCCUACGGGCAAUUGAACCGUUUUUUAGAUCGAAACAAGAAUAAUGUUGUUGCCUUACAAUUCCUCUAAAAUCAUAAAUGACGAAUGUGUGUGUAAAUGACUCAUUUCAAAAUCAGAACGCACUUUCAGUACAUGUUACAUUAUUCUGUAUGUAUAGUAGCGUGUGUAUGUAACAAAAAUGUUUUUUAUGCGAGAUAAGCUUGUAAUCAUUUAAAAACUUUUUGCUUGAUUGUGUUAAUUUUAGGAUACAGUACAUUAAACAAAUAAUCAUGAUUUAACACACAGAAAACCAUAGCACACUGUAUAUAUAAUGAUGUUUGUUAAUGAACUGUAUUACUUAAAACGACUUCAACGUUCUUACAAAAUUUUCUUGAAAAUAUGUGUGAAUGUGAAUAUCGACAUUGCAAUUUACUUAAUGAUAACAAAUAUGAAAGCCA